AUGACAAAAUUAAUUUUAAAUCCUAGUGAUUUAUCCAUUGAAUUUCCUAACAUUUCCAUAUCUAACCCACAAAGAAUUCGAAUAUUAUGUCAAGUUAUUGAAUAUAUUCCUAAUGAAUCUAGUUUAAUUAUUGAUAAAUUACCAACAGUUACUUCUUCUUCAACAACAAACACAAAUAACCCAAACUUGGUUAAGGUGAAUAUAUUUGAUAUAUUAAAUGAUUGUUCAUUAGAAGUGAUUAGUCGAGGAACAAUAAUUAAUAUUGAUGGAUAUUAUGAUGGAUCAAAUAUUCAACCUAUUAAUAUUUAUGAAAUAAAUGGAAUUAAUUUUAUUAUUGAAAAUAUUGGAUUAUUAAAUCAAUUGAAUCAAUUAAAAAGUUUAACAUAA